CGCGGGCCAGUCGACACCGAUCAAUCGUGUUUAGAGGUUCGCGCGGUGUUUGGGUAGCCUGCAGCUCGCAAAAACAGUUCGGGCUUCGCAAGUGUUUUUAUCGCGCUUAAACAAAUUCAAGCGCAUCGAUAAUACGUUUGAAGAGUUGAGCGAUCAGUGCAGCUGAUUCGUCGUUGUGUUCUCUUUUCUGCAGUGUUGAAAUACUGAAAUUUUCACCGUUUCGGAAAAAAACAAGAACGCGACAUAACAGAGCUGCGCGAUGACUAUCAUCACGAAAGCAAUCGGCGAAAAGAAGCCCUCCGAUAAAAUGGAGCAGCCAUUAGUGGUCGAUGAUAUUCCCGAGGACCAACGCAAGAGCUGCGGAGGAGCGUGCGACGAUCCGGAGGCUCAGCGCCCUCCCCGAGGAGCAGGAACCGCUGGUCCGUAUUUGACGAUCAAGGAUCAAGUGCUGAUACUGAGACGCGCAAAUCUUCGACCGAAUUCAUGGACCCUCUAUUGGCUGCUGUUCACGGCGAUGGUCGGUAUGGGAAUUGGCGUUACCGGUGGGCUCUACAUAUACAGGUACUACGCGCGGGAUCAGAUGCACAGAUUCCGGACGGGUUGGUACAGCAUUCCGUACGAGGGUAGCACCGGCGCCGGCAGCAACAGGUCGCCAAUCGAUCGGGAUGGCCUCCUCGCCGGGGAACUCGCGCACUCACUCGAGGCCGCCAACUAUUUUAAGGAACGCUUCGAAAUCGAUCUCGAAAAACAUUACGAAGAAUUUGACGUUCCCGACUCCCGGGGCGGUCGACAGGGUCGGAUUAUCCACGAUUUUAACAACAAUCUCACCGGAAUCAUCGACACCGAUGGGAACUGUUGCUUCGUGAUGCCCCUGAACCGCAAACGCGUAUUGCCACCGUGGAGCUUGUUAAAUCCCUUGAACAAAAUGAGCGACUUUUACUACGAGGUCAACACGAAGGUCGUGAGGGAAACGAUGAGGGCGGUGCUGCCUCCGCUGAGCAACCUGACGAGCGUUGGUGCUUACAUCCGUAAAGAGUGUAAGCACAUGCCAACGUAUUUGCUCGAAAAGGUCACGUACACUGGUGGCAUCAUCAAGCGGAGCGCUUCCAACGCUUAUUACGGUCGAUUUUCAGGGAACAGUAUUGACGAAUGGGAGAUAGUAAAUUUGGACCAAGUGCUUGGUCAUACCAAAAAGUAAAGAGCGUUCAAGCACGUGACAUAUCCCAGAGAAGUGGGAAUACUCUACUCCCUCCUUUCCCUGUUUAUUAUUGUCGCAAAGAUGAUCGAGUGGACUGAGAGAGAGGCAGCUCGAUUAUUUUGCCUGGACACAGGAUACUCCUCGACUCAUUUAUCUUCUUCAAGGUGUACGCUUAGUUAACACCGUUUUCGACAACCCGAGGAGCGGCCGCAGCAGCAGCAGCAGCAGCAGCAGGAUAUAGGAAUAGGAGGAUUCAUGCGAUAGAGCGCGACGAGCGUGACGAGCCCCCUUAACGUCAAUGUAGUGACAUUCGAUAAUUCGUAUAUCGAAUUCACUCAAAAAAUGUCGAUCCUGAUGAACAUAUCGCGGAAGGAAAAGAGGAACUGCGACUCAUUUUUUUCAUUUCUUUUGUCACUCGAGCGACAGCGAUUAAUAUCUGUUUUAAAAAUCCCUCGAUAAUAAUAUCAUAUCGGUUUACGACGUGCACGUGUAUCGUAGAGAUAAGACGACGGCGUGACGCGCGACGAUCGCGUAUCUUUCCGACACGGGGCUUGCGCUGACGGUUUUUUUCAAAUAUCGCAUCCUCGUUGAAGAUAAAUAUCGUAUGGAAAUUCCUCAAAACCGUGCUAUCGCUCCCCCGUUGCGUAGACUCGCUUAUGACACUCUGCGAACGAAAAAUGAAACGAAUCCUUUCGCUGAUGCGGCAAAGGAUUGGAAGAAAUGAACGAGAGCGAAGCCAUGACGGAAACGAGUCGAAACGAUGUUUUAUUGUGGUGUCUAGCACUCCUGGAAAUCCUUUGAGACCUUAAAUUUCACUCUUCCUUGGAAGCUCCUGGAAAAUAAACUUGGUGAUAAUCCUUGAUUUUUUCAAUUUUGUCCUCAUUCUCUUUAGGUUUUUCACCAAACGUUGCUCUUUUUUACGAUUUUUUGUCCACUUUGCAAUGAGAUAAAUAGAAAAUCAAUCGAAUUCAUCGCGACUCGUUGAUAGAUCGAUACUUUUUACAACCACGACGUGAUCGCAUUAUAAGUUAAUGAGAUGAAAGUAGUCAAUAGAUUAUGUCGUGUCAAUCAAUCACCUUUUGAAAGUCGUAUGAAAUUCAUUGGAAAGAACUUCAAUUUCGUUUCUCUAUUUUACUGGACACCAUUUUAUCCUAUUUUAUUUGUUUCUUCAACCAAAGCCGUAAUCGUAAUAAUAACAUAUACACGUAUAUGUAUACUAAAGGUAUAAUAAUAAUAAUAAUAAUACAGAAAUAUCUAUGUAUAGAUAGAGAAUGAUAAUCUGACAAUGUAAGAAGGUACGGAAAAUAUAUAGUACGAAACGA